AUGCCGAAAAGGAUAGAUAGUUCAACAAUUCAACCAACAAGUAUGUUCACAAUGAAUCAAUGCAAAAAUUAUAUAUUCAUCUUUUCAUUAUAAGAAUAUUAAAUUUUUAUAGUUUUAAACAUUAGUCUUACCUUCAAUUAUAGCAACAUCUACACCGAAAAAGACAGAUAGUAGGUCUACAACGUCGACAACUCAACCAACAGGCAUGUUCACAAAGAAUCAAGGUAAAAUUCCAUUUUCAUCUUUUUAUGAUUUUAGGAAUAUAUAUUACAGUUAGAUUUCAAUUAAUCUUCUAUAUAAUUAUAUUGCAAAAUCUGGACCGACCAAGACAGAAACCUUUGAAAUUAAUGUUUGUAAACUGUAGUUACCACUUGCUUAAUAUAUUAUCUCUUUAUAUAGAUAAUUCUACAACGAGAAGAGCAGAUGCUUCCACAACCCAACCGCAGCUAAAAAGUAAGUUGACAAUGUAAGACAACUUUCUAAAACAUAAUGUCCGUGACACUGUAUAGUUAACUUGCCUAAUGUGUUCAUCUUUAUAGAUAAAUCCACAAAGAGAAAAACAGAUGUAACAACAACUCAAGCCAUAAGUAAGUUUGCAAAGAAUUAAAGUUGCUCCACAAAGUAGAUAACUGUUUUAAAAUUAAUAUAGUUAAAUGCUUGUAGUUAACUUGGAGCUUGAUCUUUCUCAUAGCAAAAUCUGAUGUACCAAAAUUGACAGUUGCUCCAACAACCCAACCAACAAGCAAGUUCACAAAUAAGCAACGUGAAAAAUUAGUGAAAUUUUCAGUUUGUAAUUGGUGUUGUUCAUACCAUCACCUACCCGCAGAACAUCGUUGA